GCGACGCCUUUUCAAGGAGGAAAGAAAAGGAAAACCAUAUACGUGCAUGAGUUUUCAGAGGCGGUGGGAAAUCGGUCUUUUCCUCGGACUCUGGGGGCACUUUUAUCAAGUGCUGGGUGAUAUACGUUGGGGAGACCUAGAGCUGCUUUGAUGUGUCACAUUUUCCCCGGAUUGUCAUACAAUUGCGAACGCUCGCAUGAUGUGAAACCGUUACUUUGUGACGAUGAUCGAUCAGGCGAAAUAGUGAUUCAAGCCAAAGGGGAUGGUCCUUGGCGUCAAGCAACAAGCGAGGCUUGUGCCAAGAAGGGGGAAGGUCAAGAAUUGAAAGCGGGGUUUCAUUUCUCGUUUUUGGGGGGUCUUGUGUACCGAAGACACCGAAAUCAAACUGUUUUCCUGUGAGAGAAAGGCGUUAUCCACCCCAAAGCGUCCGGACUGUGUGAUAAAUCAACAACAUAGUAGAGUGACAAGGCACAGGUUGAGUCAAAGGAGUUUAUCGGAGUGCGGUUGGAAGAGGAACACUGAUCAAGACAGCAGCACAGCAGCAUAUGUAUUCAUGUCUCCUCUCAACACACCUGUAAAGGUUUCCACUUCCUGUGACACCAUCACACCAUGCCUGAGGGGGCGGGCCGAGGCAGCCAGAGAAAGCCCAGCAACCAAGCUGCCAAGCGCCCCUCCUCCGUGUCCUCCUUGAGCAGCAUUGUGGGUAGGAUGGCUUCGUCGGAGAGCGCCUGCCGCGGGAGCUGCACCUCGGUCAACACGGUGUGCUCGGACAGCGACCGCACGGCCAGCCUCAGCUCCUCUGCCUCCUCUGCCUCCCUGCAGGACGUACACUCUUCCUCCUCCUCCUCGCUGCCCUACGGGGCCGUGCCUGCCUACCCCACCUCGCCGCAGCGCAAUGGCUCCGACAUCAGCCUGGACCUAACCCCUCUCUCCCUGCUCCCAGCGGGGGUAAGCCCUGCCACUGCCGCGUCCCCGCCCAAGCUGUCUCGCUUGCAGAGGGUGGCUCUGGAGAUAGUGGAGACGGAGCAGGCGUAUGUGAGAGACCUGAAGAGCAUUGUAGAGGACUACCUGGGUUGCAUCAUUGACUGUGGGGACCUGCCACUCAAGCCGGAAGAAGUCAGCACUCUGUUCUGCAACAUUGAGGACAUCUAUGAGUUCAACAGUGAGCUUCUGGAGGACCUGGAGAGGAGUCCUCAUGCGGCUGCCAUCGCCGAGUGCUUCGUUGAGAGGAGCGAAGCCUUCGACAUAUAUACCCUCUACUGUAUGAACUACCCCAACUCGGUGGCUGUUCUGAGGGACUGCAUGAAGAACAAGAGCCUGGUGGGCUUCUUCCAGGAGAGGCAGACCAUCCUGUGCCACUCCCUGCCCCUGGAGACCUACCUUCUGAAGCCAGUGCAGAGGAUCCUCAAGUACCACCUCCUGUUGCAGGAGCUGGCCAAACACUUUGAUAAAAGUGACCCUGGCUACGAGGUGGUGGAGGAUGCCAUCAUCACCAUGACAGCUGUGGCCUGGUACAUCAACGACAUGAAGAGGAAGCAGGAGCACGCCGUCAGGCUGCAGGAGAUUGAGAGCUUGUUGACCAACUGGACAGGUCCAGACCUGAAUGGCUUUGGGGAGCUGGUGUUGGAGGGCUCCUUCAGGGUCCAACGGGUCAAGAAGGAGAGGGCAUUCUUCCUCUUCGACAAGAUGCUGCUUAUCGCUAAAAAGAGGCUGGAGCUUUUCAUCUACAGCACCCAUAUAUUUUGCUGUAAUCUACUUCUGGUAGAAACCAUGAAGGACCCCCUGUGUUUUAAGGUGUCCGAUCAGACCAUCCCCAAACAGCAGCACAUUGUACAGACCAAAAACCAGGAGGAGAAACGCCUUUGGCUGCACUACCUCAAGAGACUGAUAGUGGAGAACCAUCUUGCCUCUCUACCCCAGAAGGCAAGGCAGGUACUCGGUGACAACUUCUGUCAAUCUCCUCAGUUUGAUCAGGAUCAUUUUAAAAAGUCAUCUCCAAGAUGCAAUGAAUACCAUCGAGGAAGACGCCAAUCAGAGCCCCCAGAGUUCAUCUACACCCCAGAGAAGGCCAAGAAGAGCCUUCCCCUGCUUCUGGAGGGGAACCUGUCCUACCGCCGCGGCAGGAGGCAGUCUGCUCCAACUAAAGACUUUGAAACAGCAUUUCAUGGUGAGAGUGUCUCUUCAAAGGCUGGCAGCGAGGGGGAACUGUGUCCUGGGGCAGAUAGCCUGGGAUACUCAGGCAGCACCAAAACCCUGGCCUCCUCUGUGAUGGAGGUGGAAGCUGAGGCAGAGCGGCCGGACCCCUGCCUGGGCCUGGAAGAUGAGGAUCUAUCCCCCCUGAGCCUCCCGCCCACCCUCUCCAUCACCGAGGAGAUCAUGCAGUUCAUUAACCAGAGCCGCGUGCGAGAGGGAAUGGCCGAACUCAAGCAUGACAUAGUAUGGGAUUCACCCCUGGAUGAGUCUCUGGAGGACCAAACAACUGAGCCACCUCCAUGUCCAGUUGCUCAGCAAGGAAAUGACCAGCCGCAGCCUUCCCCUACAGAGGAGACUUACAAGUCGCAAGACCCGCAUCCCAAUAGUCCAGAGGAGAUAACAGUGCAACUGGAGGGGAGCAGAACCAAAAUGGAAGACCAAACUCUUCCACCCCAUCUGUCCAGUGAGUCCUCAGAGGAGGGAGGUUGUGAAGGUGGAGAGUCAACACCUUCGCCAUCUGAUGUCAAAGAGGAGAUGCCUCAGGAGGAGAGCACAUCAGCCAAAGAAACCGAGACAGUUGAGGAAAGAACUGCAUCAGAGGUGGAGGACGAGCAAACGGACAAAACCGCGACACCUCUCUCUCCUGUAAGCCUCCCUGACAAAAGGGAGAGGGAGAAAGAACUCUGCUUUGACCUCCCCAACGAGGACAAACCCUCAGAAGCUCCAAUCUCUCAUCUCUCCGUCCCAGAGGACACUGUACAGAGCCCUCUGGCGCCCAAGAAAGAGACCCAGCUCACCAAGUCCGACAGGCAGAUCAUCGAGAAGAUCCGCAGCUACUACGAGGCAGCUGAGGCCGAGGCAGGAGAUGCAGGAGAAGGUGACAGCAUCCCCACCCCCAGGAGAAACAGCUUCUCCCUCAUCAUCCCCACCGGCCUGGUCAAAGACUCUGUGUCCCGCUUUGCUGUCUUUGGCCACCAGGACAGCGUGUGUGACUCGGAGAGCGGGCGCUCCGAUGGGGGGGCAGAACCAGAGUCUGAGUUAGAGAUGCCUGACCAGGGAGAGGGAGCCCUCAGUCCAGACUGUUCCUCCACUUAUGCUGCUGGUUCCCAGGAAGAUCACAGCCAGGAACCAGGUCAGGGUGAGCCUGCUGUGGAGGAAUGUAGCAGGUUUGAGCCAGGGAGCGAGCUCCUCCCCUACAAAGAGUUGAUGAAGGAGUGGAAAGAGAAGGAGAAAGUAGGAGCCGUUGUUAGUACAGAGUUAACAGACAUAAACAAAGAGCCAUCAGGCAGUGAUGAAGCAGCCAAAGUGAUCACAGAAGACCAGCAAGUAAUCAACGGCCACGGACCAAGUCCAAGUGAUCUGGACUCAGAACCUAAAGAGGCCCAGAAAGACUCCACUGUCCCUCCACUUACAGGCCUCCACGACAGUAAGACCGUGUCCCAGGCUGGGUUGGGAAGAAUCAGAGACAGGAGCUCCCUCACUGGGAACCUAGAGGGCCUACCCAGCCAGAUCAAGGUGGGCCGCUGGUCCCGCCACUGUAAGAUGGUGUCCUCCAGCCAGACCCUGUACGAGGGGGCAGCGGUCGCAGACGUGGCGGGGAUAGGCCUGUUCGAGGCCAGCCCCGGUGAUCCAUGUCUGAUGGAGAACUCGGAGAGGAUCCUCAGUAAGGUUCAAAUGCUGGCUCGCAUGUACAGCGCCAAGGCCAGCAUCAUGAAGGUGCCUCUUCACCACAAGAGGGUGUGUGUGGGUCGUGCACCGUGGACCGGCACCACCAGGCACAGUGUCCCUCCUCAGGCCCAGCCGCCACAGCAGCAUCAUGGGGAGAAGAUUACAGUAAAGAGAGCUCAGAGCCAUUCCACUGGUUGCCAGGAGAUUACUUCAGUCUCCUCAGAACCCCAGCUCUUUGGCCACGUCCUUGUCAGUGAACAGCUGUCCCCCACCUACCGCCAGCAGGAGAAUAGCUACGUCCUGGCCGGACCCAGGGACAGUGUUUCCAACCUGGGAUCCACGUCCAUUACCUCUCCACUCUCCUCCCCUCUGACCACCCCACCAAAAAACCCUCAGGUUGGGCCUGAGGAGGUAGUGACGACUGCUGUGGAGGGGAAGCUUAUGGAGAACCAGUCUGAGGAAGUAAUCUCAGAAGCUGAGAUGCAGAGGCCUCACUCCAAGAAGGGCUUCCCAGUCCAGGAAUGCCCCAUCCAAGGGGUAAGGAUUGAGGUUCCAGCUGAUGGUCAUCCAGGGACCCCAGAGAUGUCUGUGAAUCUCAGCAGGACUCAGGCAGAGCAGAAAGGACAUCAUCUGUACUCCAUCAGGGAAGAUCCUUCUCUGGGGACAGCAACCUCUUUAGCAGGUCCAUGUGGGAACAAGGACAGGUCUCCAGGGGUUGGCACUGCAGAGGAACUGAUGAAGACCAUCCAACAGCAGGCUCCAACUGAACCAGAGACAAGCCAGUUGGUGAAGCCAGACGAAGACAAUUUAAACACCAAGAUAAUGUCGCCUUAUGUGGCCAGUGGGGCUGAGAGAGGGAGUUCACCCCAGGUGGUCCCUGGUCAUCAAUGUAAAGCUGAAUCCACCAAAGAGAAACCACGAGAUGCCACUCUAGAUGAUCGGGAUGUUUCGCCUGCAUCGUCAAAGAUUUCCCCUCACAGCUCCGACACAUCUCCCACACAACAGAGGUCCAUCUCUGGACUAACUGAGGGGUCAAACCCCUUAGUGCGGCAUCCCACUCAGUCACCUAUGACUGAACCCAUGCAAGCAACACAUACAUCUGGUCAGAGAGUCAAGGAGAGUCAAGCCCCAGAGGAUUCCAAAGAAAAAGAGGGGGGCAUGGUUCCCCAUCCGUGGUCAUCACUCCAAAGCCCGGCUCCUAUACCUCCACCAGGGGUGCAGUCCUCUGACUGUCUGCCUAAGUUCACCAGCCAAAGACCACCCAACCUGCACCUGCCCACGAGCAUGGGUAGAAGGAGUCUUCCUAUCAAUUGGAACGGAUCAAACAACGCCACACUCCCCAGCCAAAGACUACCACCUGCUACACUGAAGUCCAGAGAGCCAGGCCAAGAUCCUUCAGCCCCAUCCAUCCAUGCCUCUGGGUUGUCCCCCAUCAGACAGCCUUCCUCCCAGUCUUCACUGGAGAGAUCCGCCACCCUGCCUCCAGGUAUCGGCCAUCCCAUGGAUGCCAAGCCCCCCUCCGCCUUCAGCCCCAGUCUCCACCAUCGCUCUCCCUCUCCAAUCAGGGGACUCCCCUGCUCCUCUCCUAGCCCUUCUGCCUUGAGCAAGUCCCUGGCCGCCUUCUGCAUCAGCCAGUCCAUCAGCCAGAGUCUGGCCAAGAACAACGCUCGUCUCCAGGACCAGGCCACCCCUUCCCCAGGUAGUCCAGCCCCUCUGGCUCCCGCUCCCGCUCCCACUGCAUCCCCACUCAGGAUGAGGUCUCCCUCCCCCAAACUCACCUCUGGGCCUAGUGGCCCCCCCUCUGAGUCCCCCUUCCCCACUCCGGUCUACUUCACUUCGCUCCAGCCCUUCCCCAUCCCCAGCCCUGUCCCCCCCACCAUACCGCAGCCAGCACUCAGUCCCCCCAGCCCCCCCAGUCAGCCUGCAUCACACCGUCUCUUCCUCUGCCUCCCCCCCGGCCCAGGCCUGUUGCCCUAGCCCAACCACGUCAU